AUGUUUAUCCGUUCCUUCCUCAAUACCUACAGGGAGGUGGCAGACACCCCUCAGGUCCUGGACCUGCAGUUCACAAGGUUCAGCAAUUGUGAAGCGCCCACGGGACCCUCUGGACAGACGGACACCCUCGCUAACUCCUGGGAGGAUGUCAUCCCUCGGAACCAGCUCUGUCAUGCCAUCACGUGCCUCCUGGGCUCCUGGCUGGACUUGCAUCCGGAGGACUUCCUGGUCCCCGCACAGCUUCCCUGCCUCCAGCGCCUCCUGACUCACCUGAGGCUGCAUAUGCUGGACUCUGACAUAGAGCGCCAUGUCUCCCAUGUCCUUGCGCAGCUGGGGAUCAAGACACACAGCCAGGGCGAAGCUACGGGGGCGGAGCCUGGGCCUGAGACACAGCCCGUGCAGGGUCCUGGGGGAGCCAAAGCUCCCUGUGUGGAGGAAGAGCCAGCUUCUAUGUCAGCUCUGGAGCCCAGUCCUGAAGGGGCCAGAGCAGCCAGGGGAGGAGCAGAGUCACCUGCCAGCUUGAUUUCAGCGCUCAGCGCCCAGGGAGCAGCAGCGGCCGGAGCUCAGCUGGAGCCCCAUUACACCAUGCCCAAUGUGGAGGAAACAGCAGUGUCUGCUGAGGAGAUGGAGCCACGGGACAGCUUGGCUCCUGUGCUGGGGCCCCAGCGAGCAGCAGAAGCUGUUGCUGGGGAGGAGCCAGUGUCCAUCUCCGCUCCAGGUCCCGACCAAGCUACCUUCAGUGCAGACCCGCAGAUGCUUCUGUACUUGGCUGAGCUGCUUUACCUAAUUGGAGCGCCAGCUGUACUGCUCUCGCUGGUGACAAUUGUAAUUGUGCUGCUGUGUGUGGUCAGAGAACUAACAUCUAAUCCUCUGGAGGGCAGUGAUGACGGAGCUCCACCGAGGAGCACUGACAGCGAGCCGUGUGCCACAUCGGCUGCCGGUCUCACUCCCCGAGAAGCCAGCUUCAGAGCUGAGCCAGAAAUGUUUGUCACCCUGGGAGUAGCCUCCAUUGGGGAGCUGGAUGUGCUUGUCACCUUGACACUGCUGCUCUACUUCACAGGGGCACCACCUCUGCUGCUCUUUCUCAUCGCAAUGCCAGUGGUGGGCGUCCAGACCCCACCGGCUCCCAAUGCUGAGAUGGAGGCCCCUUGCGGCUCAGCUCCGCUGCUCCACCCGGAGCGAGCACCAGGCACUGGAGUUGUUGCAGAAGGCAGUGCCCAGCCUCUGCCUGGGCUCCAUCUGGUCCCAGAGGCACAGCAGGUUGAAGAGCACUUGGCCCCCACCAUCCGGGCCAUCGUGGCCCACGUUAACAACGUGUGUUCCUGCACAAUCACCCCCUGCGUUGAAUUCCUCAGUAUGAAGGCGCCAGAUAGGGCGCGGGUGGUGGCACCUCGGAUCCAGGAGGCCAUGAUGGCAGCCAUCCUCUGCCUGGACAGGACUUGGCAGGAGAUCCGGAGGUGGGCCCCCAACUCCUCGGGAGAUGCUUUGGGACCAAACAGGGCAGCCAUCGCCCACUUCAAACUCUGGCCUACAAGCCUCGGACACAGCCACUGCCAGUACAAGACAGAGCCAGAACUGGGGCAUGGGACUGUCCUGGGCCUCUGUGAGACCAUCAGGUGGAAGAAGAAGGCAGCCCGUGCCGAACGGUGUCUGCAGAAGGCCCGCAAGAAGGCCGGGUGCUGCCCCAGGACCUGGACCGGGCUGGCCUGGCCUGAGCGGCCCGCUCCUUACCUGGUGCCUUUCCCAUCUGCUCUCCUGAUCAUGGGUCCCCAGAUUGGCGGACAAAGGGCCCUUUUGGUGCAGGCAGGAAAAUUGAAGCACUACUUGCUUCACCCCGGAACCCUUCUCCUGAUGACCCUCGCUCUGGUGUUCUUCAGCUAUGGGAUCUUGACCCCCAGCAGACAGGCACAGGGAGGCCUGGGAGCUGAGUCCAGAGUGGCUGCUGUGCACGGGGAACAGGAGCAGAGCAGAGCCUCGUCCAGGAUGGUGUAUCCCCAGCCGAUGGCUCUGACGCCCGCUAGGAGAGACGUCCUUGUCCUGACGCCAUGGCUGGCUCCCAUCAUCUGGGAGGGGACCUUCAACACUGACAUCUUGAAUGAGCAGUUCCGGCUUCAGAACAUCACCGUGGGAUUAUCUGUGUUUGCCAUCAAAAACUUCGGCACCCUGCACCCCGGCUUCUACACGAGCAAGCGCGAUGCCUUCACCUACGAACGCCGGCCCCAGUCCCAGGCCUACAUCCCCCACGACCAGGGGGACUUCUACUACAUGGGGGCCUUCUUUGGGGGGUCAGUGGCGGAGGUGCACCGGCUCACCAAGGCCUGUCAUGAGGCCAUGGUGGUCGACCGGGCCAACAACAUCGAGGCUGUGUGGCAUGACGAGAGCCACCUGAACAAGUACCUGCUGCUCCGCAAGCCCACCAAGGUGCUGUCCCUGGAGUACCUGUGGGACCUGCACAUGCUGCCCUGGCCCUCCGUCCUGAAGAAGCUGCGGUUUGUCGCUGUACACAAGAAUCACCAGGAAAUCCGGAACCGCUAG